AUUAUUAAAUUUAAAUUUGAAUAAAAACGAAAACAAAAAUCAUUCAUCCGCUUUCCGGCGAAACAAAAACCAAGUCCUAAUAUUCCGAUCUCCGUCCAGUGUCAGAUUGAUUAUUUAAUUUAGAAUUGUUGUGAUCAAAUUGUGUGUAAUUGAAGAAGACGAUGAGUGAGGUGUUUGAAGGUUACGAACGUCAAUACUGUGAGCUUUCUGCCGCAUUGUCCAAAAAGUCUACAUCCACCUCUCUUCUCGAUGGAGAGCAGAAGAAACAGAAACUGUCUGAAAUAAAAGUUGGACUCGAUGAAGCGGAAUCUCUGAUAAGGAAAAUGGACCUUGAGGCGAGAAGCCUGCAGCCAAAUGUGAAGGCUGUACUCCUUGCCAAGCUUAGGGAAUACAAAUCUGAUUUGAAUAAUUUGAAAAGUGAAGUUAAACGAAUUACAUCAACCAAUUUAAAUCAGGCUUCGCGGGAUGAGUUGUUGGAAUCAGGAAUGGCAGAUGCUGCGUCGGUUUCAGCAGAUCAAAAAGGAAGACUACUUAUGUCGACAGAAAGAUUAAAUAAAACCAGUGAUAGAGUCAGGGACAGUAGAAAGACGAUGCUGCAAACUGAAGAGCUCGCGGUUUCAGUUCUUCAAGAUCUUAACCAACAACGACAGUCUCUCUUGCAUGCCCAUCGAACACUUAAUGGAGUUGAUGAAAACAUAAGCAAGAGUAAAAAGAUCAUGACCAACAUGUCAAGAAGGAUGAGCAGGAAUAAGUGGAUCAUCGGUUCCAUCGUUGCAGUACUCGUGCUUGCCAUCAUUUUGAUUCUUUACUUCAAGUUGAAGAAUUAGCCUUUCAAGUAUAACUGUUCUUUUUGAUACUCGAGUAUUUAUCAACACCCUUGUUGGUUUUUAUUAUUGCGGCGUGUGUGCUCUUCAUCGUGGAUUUGUGAUAUAGGAUUUAAUUUAAAACCAAAAAAGCUGAAAAGAUGGGAGUCUAUCUCUGCAUCUCUUAUGCAUUUUACAUUGUUGUGAGAGAGGGAGUGGAUCAUAAUCUAAGAGCAUUGUAUUUCGGAUAAAUUUUUUCAUAAUGGAAGAAGUUGCUGUUGAUAUUAA